UCGAGAAAAGUCAUUAUUUUGAAUAUAUAAAUAUAUAUAUAUCACAUUUAAAUGUGACGAGAAUGAAGGCACUAAACAUAAUCUAAUGGAGCAACAAUUUUCCGGCGUGGCGGUAGCGGUGGUGCCGCUACCGGCGCAGGGCCAUCUCAACCAGCUCCUCCACCUCUCCCGCCGCAUCUCCGCCCGCGGCAUCACCGUCUACUUCCUCGCCACCGCCACCCACUCCCGCCAGGCCAAGCUUCGCGCCGCCCACGCCGGCGGCGGCGCCGCCCACGCCGCCAAUUUCCAUUUCCACGAGUUCCCGGCGAUCCCCCACCAAAACCCUCCCCCCAACCCCUCCGGCCCCACCAAAUUUCCGUCGCAAAUCGUGCCGGCGCUUACCGCCGCCACUCUUCUCCGGCGGCCGGUGUUCGAAUUUCUGCAGAACCUUUCUAGAAACUUCCGGAAAGUCGUCGUCAUUUAUGACGCCCUGAUGACGUACGUGGUCCAGGACCUCGGUGAAAUUCCCAACGCUGAAUGCUACGUUUUCCGGAGCAUCUCCGCCUUCACCGACUGCGCGUGGAACGCCGGAGCUCUGCCGGAAUUUCCCGACGGCGGCGGCGCCGCCGUCAAAGAAGUCCCGUCGAUGGACGGAUACUACUCGCCGGAGUUCGGAGAAUUUCUUGAACUCCAAAACGGCGCCAAGACAAUUUCCGUCGUCGGAGAAAUUUAUAAUUCUAACGCCGUUAUCGAAGGUCCGUUUCUUGAAUUUCUCCGAAAAUGGAAAUUUGGCGGCGGGAUUUGGGGGUUAGGACCGUUUCAUCCUUGGUCAAGUCAACUCAGGAAUCUCCGAAAUUCCGACACGUGUUUAUCGUGGCUGGACAAACAGGCGGCGCCGGAAUCUGUAAUCUACGUUUCGUUCGGUACGACGGUGACGUUUUCCGACGAGCAAAUCCGGGAAAUCGCCGCCGGGCUGCGGCAGAGCGGGCAGAGUUUUUUGUGGGCUCUCCGGGACGCCGACAGAGGAGAUAUAUUUUCCGGCGAGGAGAGGCGGGCGGCGCUGCCGGAGGGGUUCGAGCAUUUGGUAGGGGAGAAGGGUCUUGUGGUCCGGGACUGGGUUCCUCAGGUGGAGGUCCUGGCCCACCGGUCGACCGGCGGGUUUUUGAGCCACUGCGGGUGGAAUUCGUGCGUGGAGAGCAUCACCGCCGGCGUGCCGAUGCUGACGUGGCCGGCACAUUCCGACCAGCCGGGGAACGCCGUGCUGGUGACGAAGGUGUUGGGGGUUGGGGUGGAGUUGAAGGCCUGGACCCGCCGGGAGGAGCUGGUCCCGGCUGCGGCGGUGGAGAGGGCGGUCAGGGAGUUGAUGGGAUCUGACGGCGGAGAUUUGCUGCGGAGAAGGGCGGCGGAAUUGGGAAAGGCUGUGAGGGAAUCUGCCGUGGGGGGUGAGGAUAUGGAGCUGUUUGUUCGACGUAUUACCACGCUUUAAUGAUUGUACCUUAUGCAGUUUUAGUUGUACGUUAUGCUUGUGUAGUUGUACCUGUAAUGGGCAUGACUGUUCGACGUAUUACAACGAUUUAAUUACUGUACCUUAUGCCUUUCUAGUUGUACAUUAUGCUUGUGUAGUUGUACCCUGUAAUAGGCAUAGACUAUUCGUACUACAACGCUUAAAUGACUGUACCUUAUUCUUUUCUAGUUGUAUGUUAUGCAUUUGUAGUUGUACCCGUAAUGGGCAGACUGUUCGUCGUAUUACAACGCUUUAAUGACUGU